AUGAGCCCCGGGACUCCGGUCGACAAUUUGGAACUUUCGUUACACGUUCUUCAACAGCGCGAGACCCAAAUCCUGCAAACCAUUAUGCAACUACAUUCCAAGCAUCAGGAGCUGAACCAAAAACUCACUCAAAUCCGCUCGACCAAUAUGCCAUUUGCCACAAACUCCGUUCUACAAGAGUUACAGUUGCAAGCCUUCCAAGUAGCACAACAAAUAGAUGCUCAGCAUGCCCAGUUGAAACACGUACGCAGCCAGGUGGGCAUGCUCAAGCAGAUCACGGUAACGUCGACCGGGCCCAAUAUGACUUCCGGUGUGAUCCCUUCCCCACUCGGCACGAACAAUCUGACCGUAACAACAUCGAACAGUGCCACAACCACCCCAACCAGUGCUUUCAAUCUAUUAUCCCCGCCUAAUGCAUGGCCAUCGUCCAUGGGACCAGUCAUGGGAGCGGACGCUGAUCCUCUGUCCAUCGAUCCAUCCCUAAAUCCAAAUGAACCUCAGGGUCUCAAAAUGGGUUCUGGUUCAUUCCUUUGGGAGUCCGGUCCAUGGUCCGGAUCCUCCGGACCCCGCGGUGCUUCGGUCUCGUCGGAUAUGCAGAGCGUAUCCGCGGGAGCCACUUCGUCCUCUGAUCGCCGCUGGCCAUCUACCAACACACCAACUGGUUUCCCUAACCGGCACCCGUUUGCUACGUAUCCAAACUUUUCACCCCUGGUAGACCCUAUCUGGGCUGAGUUGGGCGAUGCAAAAAUAGGCGGAAACGGUGGUGGUACAGAUGUUCAUCGCUCGCCCACAACGAGCUCAAUCGAUCCCGUCGAUUCCUCUUUAGCCGAUACGGCACCCGGACCCGGAUUAAAUCGAACCGUGGCUACACGUGCAUGGUUACUCGUCCACAACAUUCCCCCGCACGUGGCUGUAGGCACACUCAAGGCGGCUGUCUCAACCGGUUUGAAUAACUACUAUCAAGACCAGGGAACGGAUUCACAGCAGUCCGAUUUUGAGCUCCAUCCAAAUAUGUCCGCCCGGUGGGUUCUUUUAGGUUUUGCAAAUGCUGCCGAGAGUACCGCAGUACAGGAAUACCUGGAAAGUUCUGGUGGUACCGGUUCCAGCGGUGGUGGUGGUGGUUCUGCGAGUCAAGCAAACGGACAUUACGGUGCGGUAAAAUCGAUCACACCUUCGGACGCACUUUUGCGUCUACAAGAUAUUCAGUCGUUGGCCUCGCUUAUCAAGGGCCUUGGAACGGAUAAUNGUCUUAGUGGUAUGAGCCCCGGGACUCCGGUCGACAAUUUGGAACUUUCGCUGCACGUUCUUCAACAGCGUGAGACCCAAAUCUUGCAAACCAUUAUGCAACUACAUUCCAAGCAUCAGGAGCUGAACCAAAAACUCACUCAAAUCCGCUCGACUAAUAUGCCAUUUGGCACAAACUCCGUUCUACAAGAGUUACAGUUGCAAGCCUUCCAAGUAGCACAACAAAUAGAUGCUCAGCAUGCCCAGUUGAAACACGUACGCAGCCAAGUGGACAUGCUCAAGCAGAUCACGGGUCUCAUAAUGGGUUCUGGUUCAUUCCUUUGGGAGUCCGGCCCAUGGUCCGGAUCCUCCGUACCCCGUGGUGCUUCGGUCUCGUCGGAUAUGCAGAGCGUAUCCGCGGGAGCCACUUCGUCCUCUGAUCGCCGCUGGCCAUGUACCAACACACCGACUGGUUUCUCUAACCGUCACCCGUUUGCCACGUAUCCAAACUUUUCACCCCUGGUAGACCCUAUCCGGGCUGAGUUGGGCGAUGCAAAAAUGGGCGGAAACGGUGGUGGUACAGAUGUUCAUCGCUCGCCCACAACGAGGUCAAUCGAUCCCGUCGAUUCCUAUUUAGCCGAUAAGGCACCCGGACCCGGAUUAAAUCGAACCGUGGCUACACGUGCAUGGUUACUCUUCCACAACAUCCCCCCCCUCGUGGCUGUAGACACACUCAAGGCGGCUGUCUCAACCGGUUUGAAUAACUACUAUCAAGACCAAGGAAUGGAUGCACAGCAGUCCGAUUUUGAGCUCCAUCCAAAUAUGUCCGCCCGGUGGGUUCUUUUAGGUUUUGCAAAUGCCGACGAGAGUACCGCAGUACAGGAAUACCUGGAACGUUCUGGUGGUACCGGUUCCAGCGGUGGUGAUGGUGGUUCUGCGAGUCAAGCAAACGGACAUUACGGUGCGGUAAAAUCGAUCGACCUUCGGACGCACUUUUGCGUCUGCAAGAUAUUCAGUCGUUGGCCUCGCUCAUCAAGGGACUUGGAACGGAUAAUUCUUCUUCCGGCAAUGCUUUGCUGA